UCGAUGAACAGCUGACAGUAGUUUUGUGUACACAACUUCAUUUUCAAAGAGAAAAAGAAUAAUAUUUUUCCUCGAAAAGUUACUUAUUGUGUUUGAGAUGUGCGUAUUUUAAAAUCAAUCAAUUAAGCAUCCAGCAAACAGCACAAUAAUUCUUGACCACAUUUACUUUUAUCGAAUUUGACAUUCUAACUGAAAUGCAUGCCCCUGAAGUGAAUCCAUUGCACAGUACAAACAACGAUGUCCGUGAAAGUGAAACUGCGCCCAUCGCUGGAUCUGGUUUGAAAAUAUUCCGUCGAUUCGGAUCUAUUCUCGGAAGCAAUGUACCCAAUCCGAGUGGUACAUCCGAUGGUUACGUCGAAUUUGGUAUCUCCGAUGAUCGAUCCACCAAGACUUUGGGGACGUUUGCUGGUGUAUUCAGUCCUGUGUCGCUGUCUAUGUUUAGUGCGUUGCUCUUUAUUCGUGUCGGUUUUCUCGUUGGUAACGCCGGACUAUACACAGUUCUAUUGCAAUUCGUAAUCGCUUAUUUGAUCUUACUGUUUACCGUUGCGUCAGUGUGUGCUAUUUCAACGAAUGGUGCUGUAGAAGGAGGCGGUGUUUAUUUUAUGAUCAGCAGAACGUUAGGACUUGAGUUUGGUGGAUCGAUUGGAACAUUAUUCUUUCUGGCAAAUGUUGUUGGCUGCGCUCUGGCCAUAUCGGGUUGUGUGGAAGGAAUAGUUGAGAACCUUGGCCCUGGUGGCUACUACGGAGAUGAGGCGGGACUCAUACCAGAUGGGAAAUGGUGGCGAUUUUUGCUGUGCACAUUAGUAAACACAUUAAUGUUGAUUGUUUGUUUAGUAGGAGCGUCUAUGUUCGCAAAGAUCGUUGCCGGUAUUUGGGUCAUAGUUGUGGCCUGCCUCUGUUCCACAUACAUCAGUUUCUUGGUUCAAACCGUAAUUACGGUCACCAUACCCGAAGAAAAUCAAUUGGUGCGAAACCAGUCGAAUCCGGUACCGGUAUAUGUCAAUUAUACAGGUCUAUCCGUUGACACGCUCAAGUCGAAUCUGUAUGAAAAUUACACCUCUGACUAUACCUCAGGUGGUAAGGAAGUGAAUUUUGCAAUAGUUUUCGGUGUGUUAUUUUCUGGUGUGACUGGUAUUAUGGCUGGUGCUAACAUGUCUGGUGAAUUGAAGAGUCCAUCGCGCAGCAUACCAAUUGGCACACUAUCGGCUGUUGCCUUCACAUUCAUUUGCUAUCUGCUGUUAUCCGUUUUAAUCAGCUCGACAACUCCAAGAUUUCUCCUGCAAAACGAUUUCUUAUUCCUAAUGCCGAUCAAUAUUUGGCCGGGUUUUGUUGCCGUGGGAAUAUUGACAGCAACGUUUUCAACGGGACUGAGUAAUCUAAUUGGAUCGAGUCGCGUUUUGGAGGCACUGGCGAAGGAUAAAGUUUACGGGAGGAUAUUGAAUGUAGUGACGUAUGGUACGUGGAAAGGAAACCCAGUAGCAGCUGUAUUCAUCAGUUGGGCUUUGGUUGAGUGCAUCUUAAUUAUUGGAUCGUUGAAUAUUAUCGCUCAAAUCAAUUCAGUUUUGUUCAUGCUGUCCUACAUGGCAACAAAUCUGGCCUGUCUGGGUAUUGAACUAACCGGAGCUCCAAACUUCAGACCGUCGUUCAAGUUCUUUUCGUGGCACACGUGUUUCGUCGGACUGAUCGGAACACUGAUCAUGAUGUUUGUGAUAAAUCCGAUUUACGCUUCACUAAGCAUCAUAAUGUGCCUGGUGCUCGUUAUUGGAUUGCACAUCUUUUCGUCAACAUCGCAAGGACAUCAAUGGGGUUCGAUUUCUCAAGCUCUGAUGUUUCAUCAAGUGCGAAAAUAUUUGCUAAUGUUGGAUUCGAGAAAAGAUCACGUAAAAUUCUGGCGUCCCCAAAUGCUUUUGCUGGUUUCCAAUCCGCGGACAUGCUGUCCCUUAAUAGAUUUUGUCAAUGAUCUGAAGAAAGGUGGAUUGUAUGUCCUCGGUCAUGUGAAAGUGGGUGACUUUAGUCAAUUCGAAUCGAACACCGAUCCGACUGUCGACGAGUACAAAGACUGGCUGACAUUAAUCGAUCAUAUGAAGGUAAAGGCUUUCGCAGAGAUAACUAUGGCGAAGAGUAUACGCGAGGGGAUUCAACAUUUGAUUCGCAUAUCUGGCAUUGGUGCUAUGAAGCCCAAUACGAUUGUACUGGGAUUCUACGACGAGGAGGUGUCGAGAGACUUUUUCGAAAGUGAAACAUCUCCUUAUCAAACUAACGCAUUCAAUGAGGGUGGGCAUCGUCUAUUUCCGAUACGCAGGCAAAACGAUCCAAAGCCUCUGUCGCCAAGGGAAUACGUAGCAAUCAUUGGUGAUGUGCUGCGAAUGAAAAAGAAUAUCUGCCUGUGCCGACACUUUGACCGCAUGGACAAACUUCUUGUUCACCGUUCAAAUCACAUAAAAUACAUCGACGUGUGGCCAAUUAACGUUUUUGAUCCGAAAAAUGACAAUCCGUUCGAUGUCGUUUCCAUGUUUAUGAUGCAAUUGGGAUGCAUUAUAAACAUGUUACCGUCGUGGAAGCGCUUGCAUAUGCGCGUAUUUUUAUGUGAAUCUGAUGACAUUGACACCAGCAGCAAUUUCAGUGUAAACAGCAUCCAAUUCGAGAAGCCAGCCGAAUACAAACUGAAUCAAAUGUUGAAACUGUUACGAAUCAGUGCGACAAUUCACCAGAUUCCAGAGUGGUCGAAAAACGAGGAAAUCAUGCGAAACAGCGGAGCUUUACAGCAAUUUACAAAUAUUCCGGAAUAUGAUAGCGUUUCGGUUACGGAUGAAAAUAAGAAUCGCUCGAAAUUGUAUAUGCAAAGAGUCAAUCAAAUGUUACGUGAACGAUCGGAUCAAACGGCAGCAAUAUUCAUUUACCUGCCCAAGCCUCCGCGCAUCGACUCACCGAAUUGGACGGAAACCAGUGUACAAUACUUGGAGCUUUUAACAGAAUUGACAGCCGAUUUACCACCCACGGUACUUGUUCACGGCGUUAGUGCUGUUAUAUCGACAAACCUAUAAGGAACAGGAUUUACUGGGAAUUGUUAUUAAAUGGAUGCGGGUGAAAAUCGGGCCUCAGUAUUUUUUAUGAAAUUAAAGAAGAGAAAAUAUAUUUUUAGACAAAAUUUUCCUUUUUUAAGAUGUAAGCAAAACGUGAUAUUUAAUCGAGUAUACAAAAGACAAACUGAUGAAAUAUUUAUAUUUUACUUUUUAAAUCGAAAUUGUUUGACACGGCAGCCACAUGGCACAGUGUUAUCCAGUUAUAUAUUUUCAAAAUCUCGUUUUAUUCGCAAGAGCCCAUGGAAAUGAUUCAUUACCUAGUGACAGUUGCGAUAAUGGACCACAUGGAAACGAUUCAUUACCAAAUGGCAUUUACUGUAAUUUUCAUUUCCGCGAGGCUUCGUGACUAAAACAACUUAGCGAAUAAUUGUUUUCACAUUUUUAUUUUGACUAUACCGAGCAAGAAAAACGUUCUAUUACGGGAAGACUUACCCUCAGUUUUGCUAUGGUACAUGUUGACAUGAGCGAGAACUCAGUUGGUAAGUUAAAAGUUGGUCGAAAUAAAAGGGAACGAUUACCAUCCACUCGUUCGUGCCGGUCAUUUAUCAAAUUUUCUAUUCGUUCGGCUAAUGGGAUCCUUAACCUACAAACUUCCCACUCGUCAAAAUAAAAAUGUCCAAAUAAGAAACGUAAUCAAACUUCCAUUUAAGACCUAAUGAAGAACUAAUUAUAUCACUGAAAUCUUAAAAUCAUAGACUAAGCAAAGUUUAAACUUAAUGUUAGCAAAAUAUAGUUGUGUUGUAAACUAUGUUGUGUCCGUUUAACCUGAUGGUGCACGAGUAUAAAAUAUUGCAAAUGAAUAAUUUAAUUUUAACAGCAGGCGAAUUAAGUUUAAACAUUCAACACUUAAAUGUACUUUCAGGAAUUUAAUUUAAUAUUCUAAAUUAAUGACAAACAUGACACUAUUUACCAGAGAGAAUUUACAGGUUUUCGUAACAUUAAAAAAGCUCUGUUAACUUUACAUUCUAUUAGCGCAAUAAAAGCUUAAUCGUUUAAAUUAA